AUGGCGAUAAAGAAGGCGGAGGGCACCACGGAUCCGCCAAAGGCUGCAGAGCGAGCGAAGCGCCAGGCUGCUGUUGCUGGCAGUGGUGCUUGCCCUUCCAACGAGGCUCCAGCUCCCAAGCGGCCGCGCGGUCGACCGCCCAAGGCCGUGUCGGUGGCGCCGCUAGCGCCGAAGCCUGUCGCUACUACGGCGGCUCGGAAGUUGCGAAAGGCAGCGAAGGCAACGCAGCCCGAGUCCGAAAACCCUUCCACGAGCAAGGCAGUCGCGACAAAAGCCCCGGGAGUCAGCCGUAGGAAGCGCUCGGGAAGCUCCUCCCCAAGCAACGCCAACGACACGGCUGGGGAGGCUCCAAGGCGUCGCAGUGCCAAGCCGUGCAAGCUCGACCACACGUUCGGAAAGAAGCCAUGGAAGAAAGAGGAGGCGCAGCAAGAGCCGCCGCCAGGGCCGCUCCAGAAGUUCUUCCUCGGCGACGAGCGUGCGCUCGAAGCGCGGCAAGAAGCGUCACCAUGCCCAUAA